AUGGUCCAUCUCCCCGUCUAUCUGGCCGGACAUCGGCCAUUGUAUCCCCGGAUGAGGGGGAAACACAUGUCCCACGGUCCCUCCUCAACGGGCCUCAAUGUCGUCCGACUCUACGGAUACAGAUACGGUCAAUGGGGUGACGCGGUGACGGGUUCGUUCGUGGCUGCCACCCUGGUCCGCCAGCACCGGCAUCAGACCGCGACCAAGACGACAUUCGAGACGGAGCUCGCAGCACGCAGCAGCAACAGGAUUGCAAUCAGAUACUACGUGGGCCCUUCUCCUCGAUUGACUAAUCAGCUGUCCGCUCCAGCGCAGGUAUGCCGUCCCGGGCCCGGACUGGACAAAGACGGUUCCACCCUGGCUCUGCCGGUGUCCCUCCGAGAUAUCCAGAUACUCGUGGUCAGAUCGUCCCAGGCAUCUCCAGAACCUUGCCCAUUCCCUCGCAUUCGUCAUGGCCACUGGGAUUCCGGAAGCUUCUCGUCCGCGGGAAUGUGUUGA